UCGCGCGGCACUCGCGCGCCGGAGCCCGUCACAGACUCACGAUCGAACGACCGACGCCUGCACCGGGUGUCGUAUUACCGCCUCUAAAUAUACCUCGCGAGCGCGAUCGCCUAUUUGGAAACGGACGCGGGCCGUGUUUUGAACCAGUGAUUGACAGUGUCGAGUGAAGAAUCUCCCCGAUCGACGAGAUCGACCGUCGACAUGGCACAGUUAAUAACUGUGCGGCUGAACAAGUCAGACCAGCAGCCGCUGGGCUUCCGGCUGCAAGGCGGUAAAGACUUCGGUACGCCUCUCGUCGUACAAAAGGUAAACGGCGGUGGGGCGGCAGAACGCGCGGGCCUGCAGGCGGGCGACGCGCUCAUCCGCGUCAACACCACGGACGUGUACACGCUGCGUCACCAGGAGGCCCAGGACACCAUCCGAGCGGCCGGGCCCGCUCUCGAGCUUACGGUGCAGAGAGGUGGCGGUACUUGGCGGCCGGCGGUAACUCCCACAGGCAGCCUGCCUAGGCCGGGAUCCAAGCCCCUUGGCUCGAGUCCUGUUAAUGUCACCAACACCUCCCUUAAGGCGACGCCACAGCCCACACGCGCUUUCGGCUCCGGGCACAACAACGUUGCUAAACCUUUUGGUUACAUGAAUGGAAGCGACAACGUAAAGAGUAUCGUCAACAAGCAGUACAACACGCCAGUCAACAUGUACAGCGACAAAACGAUCGCCGAGACGUUGUCCGCACAAACUGAGGUCUUGGCCGGAGGCGUUCUUGGGGUGAACUUUAAGAAAAAUGAGAAGACUUAUGACUCAGAGAAGAGUGCCGUCUUCAAGGUGCUACAAGAGGCAGAAAAUGACCCAGAGCCAGUAUUGGGGUCGGCAGAACCGUCCCACUUUUUAUCGCGGGAGAGAGUGGUGCGCCCCGGAGCGGCGUGCGUGCGUGCGUGCGUGCCCGCCGCCCCGGCCCGCUUGUCGCCCGGCGCGCCGCACCGCCCCAGUAUCCCCGUGGGCAGCCACCGCGUGCUGGCGGACGGGCGCGUGACGCUCGGCGCGCCCGCACCCGCACCGCCCCCGCUCGCCAUACCGCCGCUCGCCGACACGCCCUAUUGCUGCCAGUGUAACCGCUACAUCGACGGCGUGUUCGUGCGCAUCAAGGACAAGAAUCUGCACGUAGAGUGCUUCAAGUGCGCGACGUGCGGUUCUUCACUCAAGAACCAGGGUUAUUACAACCUCAACGGGAAGCUGUACUGCGACAUCCACGCCAAGCUUGUCGCUCGUCAGAACCCGCCUGCGGCCAACCUCGAACCCGUCACAGUGUCACCCGGUGGUCGUAUACCCACAAACACAUACUCGACUCCUCUGCCACCGCUCUCUACCAACAACUACACCAACGGUUCCUCCUCAAUGUUUAGCCCAUCAAGCAACCUUUCCGGGCCCAAGCCGUUUGGCUCCUCAAUCGGGUCUGCGUACUCGCCUGCAUCGCUAUCUCCACGCUCGGCGCCGAUGUCGCCCGCGCGUCCACUCGUGGCACAAGCGCCCGCGCCCGCACCCGCUGCGCUCUCGCCCGCAAUCCCGGCGUCUACCCCCUUUGCACCGAAGGCCCCAGUUUCCAUUUUUAAAGACAAAAAUAAAAAAAGCAUUGUGUGGCCCCCACCGUUUCCUCCAGAAGAUGAACCUCUGAAUGAGAUAAAUUCUAAUAAUAUACAAACACUACCCUGCAGCGAAAUUCAAGAUUCACUAAUAGUGACACCUAAGUGUAAUUUAAAUUCUCAAAUUAAAUCUUCAGAACAGGAUAUUCAAAAUUCUCGGCAAAAUUCAGAAUACUCUUCAAAUACUACGUAUGAAACGGCUAUUACUUCAGCAACAUCAUCUAAAUCAGAAUCUUUAGUACAAAGUCAGCAAUCACAAUCAAUAAAAGAUUUGUCUACUUGUACUGUUCAAUCGUUUUCUCAAGCAGCGUCAUCGCAUGAAAGCCAAAGUUUUUCCAUAUAUCAAACACAUGAAGCCUCUGAACUAGAUAAUAAUACGCUUGUAUGCGAAAAUCAACCUUUUGAAAAUUUCAUAAAGCCUGAGAUAGCAGAAAAUCAAUUUAUAGCUUCUGAUGAAAAUAUAACUAAGACCAGUGUUAAAGAAAUUAAUUCAGAAAUAAAAGAAAACUUCAAAGAAAUAUUUCACACCGAGUCCAAAUAUAAAGAAAAUACAGUAGAAUCUAAUCUAGAUAGCAAUACUUUUUCGCAGCAGAAAUAUAUAGUCAGCCUAAGCGAAGAAGAUAGAUCUCAGAAACAUCAUGAAAUUUCGGGGUUAACGGAAACAAAUGUAAAAUCAUUUAUAAAUUCUCACAGCGAUAAACAACUCCCUAUAUCAAUUCAAAUAGAUACACAAAGUGAUAUGGCGUUGAAACAACCACAUUUGUUCAAGCAUGAACCGAAACCGGUUCCUUUACCCUUUGGUAACCGUAACAUUAAUCAGGCUUCGCCAUCAAAAAAAAUUCAAACGAAACCAUUUAAGCCACAAGAUUUGAAGGUUAGUGCGAAAUCGGCUUCCAAAGAAAAACCUUCUACAUCGGACCAAUUUAAAAAUACUGAUAUUGUAAGGGGAUCAUUAGCGGAGGCCCUAACAAUAGCUCCUGAUCGACCUUAUAGCCCAUUCGCUUUCAAUAUUCCAAAUCAGAAUCUUUCAUCGACUGCAACAAGCCAAAUCCAACCAAUUUCAACUGAUAGUGUACCUCCGCCUACAAUAUCGAAUAAUAGUAAUAUUUCUAUGAGCCAAUAUAGUCCCAAAUCUGGUGAGCUUUCAAAUUUACAAAAAGCUGGGCUGCUGCAGUCAUCUUCUGAACUAUCAGCAUUUAAGCCAGUUAGCAAACAAACAUUUCCACCGCCACCACCAUCAGAGUUUUCUGCUUUAUCUGAUGGCUCCCAAUUUAAUAGUGAAUUUAAUCAAUUUUCCCACAUCCAAGAGGAAUCUUUAUCUACACAGUCUAAUUUUUCCCAAAAUUUAGCUGUUUCUUCCAAUAGUGCAACCGCCAUGCAAGGGUUUUCAACAAUAAAAACCGAAGAUAGCUAUUCACAAAAAUCGAACAAACAAGAAUCGACAUUCGCCAUGGUGAAAUCUGGAUUUCAAAAGCCUGAAAUGAUUCCUCCACUUCAACAGAAUAUUGAACAACAAUUGCAAUUCUGUGGCGGACUUUCUGCUAUGCAUCAACCACCUGUUGCUCCCAUACCCGUGAAUCCUCAAAAACGUCAGAAUAUCCCUGAGCAAAAUAAAUAUAAAAAUAAAAUGCCUCCCAGCUCAAUGACCUUUCAGCCUGUCAUGGAUGAAACUAUGCAGAGAAAUUCACCUGUGUGUAGCCGUCCUACAACUCCAAGUUUAAUUAAUAAACCUGCUCCCAUUAUUCCCCCAUAUCAGAUGAAUUUAGUUACUAUGGAACACUUAGCUCCUCAAAGUCGUACGUACUCACCAGUAAGAGAAGAUCCUGCACCUGCUCAAUCAAGAGGAACAUGUCGUUCGCCAUCUAAUCUAACGAAAGUGCAAGCUCCUCGAAUAAAAGAGCCAGUUCAAUAUUCUAAUGUGAAUCAAGACUACUUUAAUAAAAAUGAAAUUCAAAAUCAGCCCCCAAUUUUACGAGAACAAAGAGAAUCAAAUGUAGCAUAUCAAAGUGAGUCUUACAAUAAAGGCGAUAUGAAAAUUAAAGAAGACACAAUGUUUAACCAAAACUACGGUCAGAGGCAAUCAGAAUCUCAGAAUUUCUCUGAAUAUGGCGAUACAACAGUACAAACUACAAGAAAAACUUACGAAGAAUUUGAGCGAGCACAAUCCGCUAAAGUAAUUGAGAUACAAAAAGGUGGUCCGCUAUCUUCUGGUUCAUACCACCAAGUUCAAUCUAAUAUCCAACCCUCGUCUAAUAUUUCCACCAAACAAGUGUAUCCUCCUACUGUUUCAAAUAUGAUACCAUCCCAACAAAAUUUGUCUUUUAACAAUACUAAUGAAAAUGUUGUCACCGCUAGUAAACAAGCUGAAUUUUAUCAACCGAUUCCUCUGAUAUCUGGUGCUAACCAAGGUCCAGUGUGUGAUCCUACCCCAUCAACAGGUUCCAGUGUAGGAGCUGCCUCUCGCGGCAAAGCCUUUGGUGUUUCAUCAGCCCCUAAACGUGGAAGGGGAGUCUUAAACAAAGCUGCUUUGCCAGGAUCACGAGUUCCUCUUUGCGGCUCUUGCAAUGGCAAUAUUAGGGGGCCGUUUAUUACUGCGUUGGGGCGAAUUUGGUGCCCCGAGCAUUUCAUCUGCGUGAACGCCACUUGCAGACGCCAACUGCAAGACAUUGGAUUUGUUGAGGAAAAUGGACAGCUGUAUUGCGAGUAUUGCUUUGAGCAAUACAUCGCUCCGGCGUGUGACAAGUGCCAUGCUAAGAUUAAAGGAGAUUGCUUAAACGCAAUAGGCAAACACUUCCAUCCAGAAUGUUUCAGCUGUGUUUACUGUGGGAAGUUAUUUGGGAACAAUCCGUUCUUCUUAGAGGAUGGAUUGCCAUAUUGUGAAGCAGACUGGAACGAGCUAUUCACAACAAAAUGUUUCGCAUGCGGGUUCCCCGUGGAGGCGGGCGACAGGUGGGUCGAGGCGCUCAACAAUAACUACCACAGUCAGUGCUUCAACUGCACGGUGUGCAAAAAGAAUCUCGAAGGACAGAGUUUCUUCGCCAAGGGAGGACGACCUUUCUGCAAGAUACACGCCCGCUAGAACUCCUCAGCCAUUAAUUUAUAAUUCUGACACUGUUUACUCGACGACUACUUUCCGUCCCGUCUCUAUCUCUCCGUACUCGAUUCCAGCGACUGAUACUCCAACACCACAGCGUACGAGGAAAUUAGAAACGCCACUCCACUUCGA